AUGAUUUCAUUGCGUAUCUGUGUGGAAUUCUGCGCGAUCAAAGGGAAAUUCUCCUUGACUCUCUCUGAUUUGCUCCCAAAGACUCACGGUGCUAGACGGUUCACUUGUCGCUCCUUCCUGCUGCAGUCGUUAGCUAUGGAGGAUUCUUUACAACUUAGCUUGCAAUCAAUGAAACUUGUGGAUGACGAAGAACCUCUUACACUUCCUGACAGCCUGAGAUUCAGGGUUUUCGAUGAGAACUCGACGAGUCUGUUGGGUAGGCUACUGAACCCGGAUUGUCAACCAAUGGCUAAGAUGAUUGAUUAUAUGCCGACCGCUUGGCGUGUGUAUGGUAGAGUCAGAGGCAUAGCGUUGUCUCGUGAUAGGUUUCAAUUCAUCUUUCAACGAGAGGAAGAUCUUCAAACAGUCUUAAAGGAUAGACCCUGGUCCUAUAAUCACUGGGCGUUGGCUCUGGAGCGAUGGACUGAAGACCCACCGAUCGACUUCUUACGCUAUAUGAAGGUAUGGAUCCGUAUCAGGCACAUACCGAUGAAGUUCUUUACAACCGAUACCAUGUUCAGGCUUGCUUCUGAAGUGGGUAAAGUUGAGGAGAUAGCUUAUGAUCCUAAAGUUUCACAUACUAAGGAUUACAUCAGAGCUUUGAUUACCUUUGACACUGAGAAGCCAGCCAAAGCCUCUCGGAAGUUGAUGGUGAAGAAUGAUGGAACAAUGGUGACUAUUGAAUUCGAAUAUGAACGAAUCCACAAGCGUUGUUUUCAAUGCCUUUGUAUUACGCAUGAAAAGGUCAGAUUCCCUUUGUUGAGAAGAGGUGCAAUGAGGCAAGAUCCAAACACUGCUGCUCCUGAGAGUAGAGUGCAGGAUAUUGAGGAAAGGGAUGAAAGUAGUCACAGAAACCCUCAUAAUAAAGGUCCCCCAGGGUUCCCUCCUAUGUUUCCUGAGCUUCCUCCUCACGAACAGAAAGCUGCUAUGCUUUAUAUCUCCCAUGCUGAUGCUACAGAGAGACAAGCGAGAAUCAUGAGAGUGCGCCAGGCUAUCUCAGACCAAGGGCAAACCCAUGUUGCUACGCUAACGAAGUUUACUGCGAACCUAGAUAAGGGCAAGGGCCAUGUUUACUCGUACCCGGAGGUUACUCAAUCUGCGCAGAUAAUCAAGCAGACCAUACCUGCUCUGUCUCUGCCUAUAAUCCGUGAUGAUGUAUCUGAUUCUGCUUUCUCAGGAGUCGUCGGCUCUCAGGGGCUAUCUGUCACUACGGGCUUUCAGAUUGGUCUGUCUUCUAAGACGCCAUCUUCCGGUGAUAGUAAUGCUCCUAAGCAGCAGAGACGAAGACCUCCUUCAUGGAAACGUAAAGCUCAGGCUGGUAAAGGAGCUUCUCCUAGUAACCGAAUCUCUAAGUCUACAGCGCCACCAUUGGAAAGUAGUGGCAAACGUAAGACUGAUGCGAUUUCUAUGUCUCCCUCCAAGAAACUCUCUACCCCAACAACUAAUACGGUGGCUUCCAGUUUGAAGCCGCUGCCUCCCCAAUGA